CCCCUCCUCACUGCCGCUUGUUCUCCAACUUGCAUGCCGGCCAAAACACACGCUUGCUCCUCCAUGUAAAAGCUUCGUCCAGCAGAGCUAAGAAUCGCAGGCUUUGGAGACACUACAGACAGACACAGGAGAGCGAGAGAAGAGAACCUCACGACAGCUAAUGCUCCUGCUUCUGUUCUAGCUGGAAGAGACCUUCCUGUGGAUUUAUCAAUGACUUCUUUGUUUGGUCUGUUGCAGAGUGCCCCCUCUUUCAGCCCCCUGGAAACACCCUCCGACCUACAGAAGUAGUAAGUCCAUGCUUCUCAUACCUCUAUGCUUCUGUCUUAGUGCUUAGCCAUUCCCAAACGUGUGUUUGUUUGUGUGUAGGGUACGUUUUUAGGAGUGCUGUCAGCAGGGAUUCUUUUGUGUGUAUUUGAACACCCUAUGAAGACUUCCCCAUACAGGGAAGGGGGUGACACUCCUCCUGCUAGAGAGAGAGAGAGAAGAGAGAGAGAGAUAGAGAGAGAGAGAAGAAGAGAGAGAGAUAGAGGAGUAGAGAGAGAUAGAGAAGAGAGAUAGAGAGAUAGAUAGAGAGAGUAUUAUAUAUAUCUUCUGCUAUCUCUCUCAUUUAUAUUAUCUCUCUCGCUCCGCUCUCCCUCUUAGCUAUCUCUGAUAAAUAGAGCGAGAGACCUAUUAACGAGGGUAAAAGCUGCCAGUACAGUGUGUCCUCUGUCUGCUUUGGAGAGAUUUUGGGGGUGGUGGGGGGGUGGUUACUAUAUAUUAUGCCGAUUUAUUUAAAGCUGAAAGCAAACAGCCCCUGAAUCAAACCUGGAUGUAAUUUGUGAGUGGAGAGAGACAGGGAACUCCGCUCUACUCCACCCCUACAGCUACGUAACUUUACAGAAAUCAUCCCCCAGAGUGGGUGUGUGAAGCCAGCCUGUAUCGUAUAACAAGAAUAGCUUUUAUAUGAAAGAGGGUGUUUGGUCAUUAAGCAAACCAGCAGCGUUACGACUUGGAUCGCUUUGUUUUUGUCAGCAGAGAUUUAUGUGUGCUAUUUUUGUUUCCGCAAUAAAAUGUAAGGAAUUCUAGCCCUCGCCAUGGUGACGUUCUUGAGGUCCAAUGGCUAAAAGUUAUCCCUCCAUUUCAACAUGGAACUUUCCAUCUCUCUCAACACUUAAAGUACAUUCGGAAAGUAUUCAGACCCCUUGACUUUUUCCACAUUUUGUUAUGUUACAGCCCUAUUCUAAAAUGGAUUCAAUCAUUUUUUCCCCGUCAUCAAUCUACAAACAAUAACCCAUAAUGACAAAGCAAAAACUGUUUUUUAUAAAUAUUUGCAAAUGUAUUACAAAUAAAAAAACGGAAAUAUCACAAUUACAUAAGUAUUCAGACCCUUUACUCAGUACUUUGUUGAAGCACCUUUGGCAGCGAUUACAGCCUCGAGUCUUCUUGGGAAUGACGCUACAAGCUUGGCACUCAUAUAUUUGGGGAGUUUAUCCCAUUCUUCUCUGCAGAUCCUGUCAAGCUCUGUCAGGUUGGAUGGGGAGCGUUGCUGCACAGCUAUUUUCAGGUCUCUCCAGAGAUGUUCGAUCGGGUUCAAGUCCGGGCUCUGGCUGGGCCACUCAAGGACAUUCAGAGACUUGUAACAAAGUCACUCCUGUGUUGUCUUGGCUGUGUGCUUAGGGUCGUUGUCCUGUUGAAAGGUGAACCUUCGCCCCAGUCUGAGGUCCUGAGCACUCUGGAGCAGGUUUUCAUCAAGGAUCUCUCUGUACUUAGCUCCUUUCAUCUCUGCCUCGAUCCAGACUAGUCUCCCAGUCCCUGCCACUGAAAAACAUCUCCACAACAUGAUACUGCAACCACCAUGCUUCACCGUAGGGAUGGUGCCAGGUUUCCUCCAGUUGUGACGCUUGGCAUUCAGGCCAAGGAGUUCAAUCUUGGUUUCAUCAGACCAGAGAAUCUUGUUUCUCAUGGUCUGAGAGUCCUUUAGGUGCCUUUUGGCAAACUCCAAGCGGGCUGUCAUGUGCCUUUUACUGAGGAGUGGCUUCCGUCUGCCCACUCUACCAUAAAGGCCUGAUUAGUGGAGUAUUGCAGAGAUGGUUGUCCUUCUGGAAGGUUCCCCCAUCUCCACAGAGGAACUCUGGAGCUCUGUAAGAGUGACCAUCGGGUUCUUUGCUCUGACAUGCACUGUCAACUGUGGGACCUUAUAUAGACAGGUGUGUGCCUUUCCAAAUCAUGUCCAAUCAAUUGAAUUUACCACAGGUGGACUCCAAUCAAGUUGUAGAAACAUCUCAAGGACGAUCAAUGGAAACAGGAUGCACCUGAGCUCAAUUUUGAGUCUCAUAGCAAAGGGUCUGAAUACUUAUGUAAAUAAGAUAUUUCUGUUUUUAUUUGUAAUACAGUUGCAGAAAUGUCUAAAAACUAGUUUUCGCAUUGUCAAUAUGGGGUAUUGUGUGUAGAUUGAUGAGGAAAAACAAUAAUUUAAUCAAUUUUAGAAUAAUGCGCUAUCGUAACAAAAUGUGAAAAAAGUCGAGGGGUCUGAAUACUUUCCGAAUGCACUGUAUGUUAGGAUUUCACAGCAUGAUAUUCCCUAACUCUUUGGAACAGUUUAUUGUUAUCAUAAAUCUUUGACGUCAUUCAUUGUCGUCAGCUCAUUGUAUAUUAAGUAGCACAGGUUAUUGAUAUUGCCAUGCACUCUAUUGCAAUAAGUUAAUUAGCAGAGAAAUCUGUCUGUACAUAUUAUAUUAUGUCAUGUUAUGAAUACUACAUGUUUUAACUCAUUUCUACAUUUACAUUUUUACAUUUUAGUCAUUUAGCAGACGCUCUUAUCCAGAGCGACUUACAGGAGCAAUUAGGGUUAAGUGCCUUGCUCAAGGGCACAUUUACGUCAUUUAGCAGACGCUCUUAUCCAGAGCGACUACAAAUUGGUGCAUUCACCCUAUAGCCAGUGGGAUAACCACUUUACAAUUAUACUUUUUUUUUUUUUUGGGGGGGGGGGGGGGGGGGGGGGGGGGGGUAGAAGGAUUACUUUAUCCUAUCCCAGGUGUUCCUUAAAGAGGUGGGGUUUCAAAUGUCUCCGGAAGGUGGUGAGUGACUCCGCUGUCCUGGCGUCGUGAGGGAGCUUGUUCCACCAUUGGGGUGCCAGAGUGGAUUGCUUAAAGUAUUGGUUCAGUCUAAAGCCGUUCUUUAAAAAAUAUUAAACAUGUAUUUGUAAAGGUCUAACAAAUAUGUAUAGUAACCAGCUAUCUGCCCCCAAGUUGUGAAAAUUCCCAUUUAAAAUAAGCAAAAACUAUUUAUUUCUGGUUAAUAGCUAAUCACAUUUGCACAUUCCUUUGAUAAAAAUAAAAUUUAAACAACUGUCAGACCACUCGCUUUAUUGGCCUUAACCGCAUUUGAUUUGCUAAUGUUUAAUAAUGUUUGUGAUGCAAGUAUUGCAUUGCAUCACAACAGUUUGUGUAUAAACCUUGUCUAUCGCCUGUUCAAGAAAUUUGUUUUAAAUAGCCAUAAACUCCUGAGAUGAAGCUGUACGUCCCACAUGCUUUCCUCAAAGGGAUACGAGACACAUGUUUAUGGCGUGAGAGUUUACUGGAGUUGCUUUGAAAUUAGAGGCCUAGUCUAAAUUCAAGAACUUUCUAGGACACAUUUACCUCAUUGUUGACUACCACAUUGCUUACUGUAUACAGACGUGUGUAUAAACAAGGGACUAAAACAGAUAUUUUUUGCUUUGAGUUCAAUAUAGGUCAGCAACAGACAUGUGCACAGACAAUAUUCAGUCGUUAGACUGUUCACUAUUGACUGAGAAGCUAUCAGCUGUAGGCUUAUAUUUAAAAUAUGACCAUUUACAAACAGGGUCAGCUACUAUCAAUCUAUUUUUAGCCUUGCAAUUUUAUCCAUCAUCAACAAUCAAGCUCUCUGAGCUUGAUGCCUGCUGGUUAGAUGAUAUUGGGUAAGAACAUCUUCAGUCGUAUAACAGAUGUUAUGUUGGUUCCAAUGAGUUAUACAGCCCCUGUAGCCUGCUAAGGGGUAUUUAUUUGAAUAUUUGCAUGUACUCUAUAAAGUAACGUUUUUUUAUUUAAUAUGUAGGCAGUAUCCCAAAUGGUUGGUUCUUCUGAGAACUAUGAAAGAGGUUCUUGUUAAGGGGGUUGAAUAAACAAGGAAGGGGGCAUGUAUAAUCCAACAUUUGGUUCUUCCUGAUAAACUGUAAUCAGGCACCAUGUCAGAGAGCUUAACUCAUUUGGGGAAAACCUGUUACUCUCCUCACGCCUCACUUCACUUCAAUUCUGCUCGCAAAUGUAUGUCUAUUGUGUCUCCAAAUGUUUGUUUAUUGUUAAUUUACAGCACAGGAAAGUAGAACAUCCGGCAAUGGGAAUUAGACUACUGUUGUGUCACCCUGUAAAGACACUGUCGGAGGAGCGAUUCCCUAUGCUGAAAAAUUUUGUUGCCAGGCUUUGUUUUAUUUUUCCACAUGACUUACUACGUUACUGGAAAUUGUUGUCAGUUUAAUGGCCUCCACUCGUGCAUGGCAGCACAAAUAGAAAGACAGGGAGGCGUCAAAUUCUCUCCUCAGACAGUGGCAUCUGAAGUAGAGUAAUCCUGAGAAAAGUACAGGUGCAUGGUAGAAGAGAGGCAGGAGCAACAUGUGGCAACGUUCAGACAAUAUUGUUUUGAAAUCUCUCCAAUUGGCCCCUGUGGAAUGCUAAGAUAAGGGUGGUGAGCACAAGUAGUGAGUGUUUUACGUCAAGGUCCAAAUUCCAGGCAUGCUUAUAUGAAAGCAUCUUUAUACUCCUCAUGUUCCCAUAAUACAAGUAAACAAAAAGGCUGAAUCAACGAGGAAUCAACCACAGAAUGUUCAAAAUAAGUCAUAAAAAGGCAUUUUAUGCAACAUUUUUAACUCAAUUAGACUGCACUUAAUUACCAACACUGGCAUGUAUUAAAGCAUGCUCCCUUCUAGCUACAGUAGCUGGUUGUGUAAACAUGUAGUCCAGUUCUAAUCAGGCUUUCUGAGUAAAGCUGCUUUUUAGGUUGAAUCACUCUUUACUCCCUGUUUUUCUCGCCCCUAUCUAGCUCUGGGUGUAAGGCCAGACACAGCGAGGUGGAGAAGGACGAAGGAUCGUCUGGCAGCGAGCCAGCGGCUCCAGAAUGCGACCGCUAUGUUUACAAGAACGUCCUGGAGGGCGGUGAUAUUCCCCUGCAAGGUCUGCGGGCCCUCAACAAGCGCCAUGCCAGCACCUGCUCUAAAGGUAGGAUUCCACCACUCAACACAUGCUGCCAGGAAAGAGAGGGGAACUGAAAGGGGUUUUUACCACUCAGACAGAACCAAAUGACUUAUGAGGAUGUUGAACCAUAAAAGUGUCUGUCAGGGAUACAUGUGUUUCCUUUUAACUUUGUGUUGGAAUCCACAUAUUAUUUUGCUUCAGGUUACCACACCAGAGGCCAAUCAUCUUGCAGCAUUUAUUUUUUCUCAAAUGUUUAUUUGAUUUAUUAUUGAUAUCAUGGAUCUUUCACCAAACUGUCCAUAUAAUAUCCGCUUGGAAAUCAAUUGAGAGUUAGGCUGUUGAAGGUUUUCCUGCGAAAUCAAUGAAUGAAGGCUAUCAGACUAACCUUGGGUUUUCCCCUCGUCUUCCAGUCAUUUGCCUCUGCAGGCCAGGCGGUCAUUGGAGAGGCUUAGGGGCAGGGCUCCGGAGUGUUCUAAAGUCAGGGAGCAAAGGUCCAGGCGAGGGGACAGAUGGGGAGGAAAGGGGAAGAUAAACAGUAGUCUGGUUUUCACGGCUGGGCCAGACAGGGGUGAGAUAAACAAGAGGGACACAGCAGGGUGGCCAGGAAUGAGGAAGUCAGCUGUCAGAGGGAGGUCAGAGGAUGGAAUUCCUGCGCACAUGACCAGGGGAGAGGUAGAGGAAAGGAGGGAAGGGGACGAGAAAGGAAGGGACAGAUUGGGCACCGCGAGGUGAUGUUGCCCCAAUACUUAACAUGUCAAGAAUUCCAACAGGCAAAGCAAGGCCCAGUCCUAAUGUCUAAAAGUAAGAGAAUGUACCAUUACGCCAGUCCAUUUGGAGUUUGUUUGAGUUUUUGCCAGAUGCACAAAUGUAUUCUUUAUAUUCUUAUUUUACGUGAGCUGUCUGCGCUUCUCAAUGAAUAAGACAUAUUUGUUCUCUACAGAAUGAUUUUAGAUGGCCAGUAGGCUUACUGUAUUGUGAAACAAAGAUACCAGAUGACUUGACUGAAGUUCAAGUCCCUAUCCUAUAAAAGUCUUGACUGAAGUCCCUUUUCCAUAAAAUAGUGGAAACUGCUGUAAAGGGAAUUCCGCCCAGAGUUAUCUUGAGCAAACUUAGUCAACUGACUAGCACGCUCUCUCAUUAUGGCUUACCAGAGACACACCACCUUAGCGCUGUGGACACUCAGUUGCAGUACAACAGAGCAAGAUAAAGUACAGACAGAGACAAAGAAGCAACCCAAAGUUGGAAGGCAAAAGCUGCAUCAUGUGGUUCUGCUUCAUGCUCUUUCAAACAAUAAUGGAACACUUUGUUUGUCACAAAACGUUGCUUCCUGCAGGCUGUUCUAGUGGCUACGAUUGUAACGUCCCCUUAUAAUGUCAUCUUCAUGGGAAUAACAUUAGCAUUCAACUUAUUCAGUGUGUGGAGCUCAAACAGGAUACUGAGGAUAUUGCAGUUCUUGCCAUAUAUGACUGAGCCAAAAUGACAGACUCCUAAGAAUAAUGCUAGUUAGAAUUUGGAGCGUUCUGCUGUAGGCUACAUCCCUGUAGAGUUGCUUUCACGACAGCUGGUGGCAGUUAUGUGUCAUCAUUCCCUACUGUGAUGUGUCAUCCCUUACUGUGGUAGAACAUACAGUACUUGGCAUUACUAGCACAUCUCUUACUUAGGUGAGAGUCAACCAUAGCCUACUCGUCACACCUGGUGUGUCCUCCUGAAUAUUAUAUUGUGUAGUGGCUCACAGGGGCUUGUAUGACCUUCUAGUUUUUACAGUUUUAUUUGAGAAUGUAUCCUGAGAAGGAAGGGCUUUUGGGUUAAUUCCUCAAUGCUGAGGCUUAUUUCGUAAGUAGUGUGUUAAGUAGUGCGUAGAUGGGCAAGUAGCUUAUAGAGUCAUUUGUAUUUCGUAUGAACACUUACAGUAUGAACUGUUUACGGCAUCAUUUUUUUAAUGCACAUUUUCAAAGCUAGCUCUCUGUUGUGAGGUUCAAGAGGCAAAUAUUAGAAAAUGAAGUCCAGUGUCUCACUCGAACAACAAGUUUACCAACAUUACAUCACAUAGCAUUUCAUGCAUGACAUACUUCCCUGCUCUUUGCCCUUUCUGUUGUUUCAUUUCUUUUAUGUUGCUGCUUACGAUCACUACUAAUUUAAUUAUGAAUGACUAAAAUGUAAAAAAUGUAAAAAUGGGAUUGAAAAGCAUAUCAGGUCCAAUGAAAAUACUACACACUUUGUUAUUUGUAAACAUGCAUUUCUAGGCCUAUUCAAAAUCAACAUUUUCAUUGCUCCACUAAAAACAAAGCAUUUUACUUUGUUUUACAAGUAUCAUUACUAAUUGCAUAACAAAGUAAUUUGUAGUAUAGCAAAGUCAUUUGUUACUUGAUGUGAAAUGUAUCAAGUUUUUAUCUCCCUCUCAUCAACUUUUGAUGGAACUUUAGAAAUGUGUUGACUGUAUUUUUUUCAGUGUGUGUGAAUUUGUAACCAUUGUAACCUAAUAUGCUGUUUAUUCUGUUGUUCUGCAUGCUUGCCAGUGGAUUAUCAAGGUGGGAAUGGCUAUAUAAUUUCACCCUGCUCUUCUGUAAAUAGUAGAUCAGUUCUUGCCAGUAAUGCCCUAGGUUACCAGUGUAAGAAUAAGAAGCCUUUAUCUGCCGCCAAAGCCUGCAUACCCCAAAUCCUCCCCUCUAAGUUCAAACCCAAGCUGAUGCACCCUAGUGGUGACAGCCAGGACAGUAGGACUGUGCCUGCCAGGCACCCAAAGGCACACAGCUGUGAGGAUAUAUACACAGGGAGCACAGGAGCAGAGACCCGGGAGAACAGGUUACACUCAAACACAGACUCAAACUCCAAUGGUCUCCCCCUUGACUCUGAGACUGGUUUUCAAAAUGGCAACCCUGCAACUAGAAGGAGCACAGCAGAGUUCUCCACCCUGUACCGGAACAUGCACAGUAUCCAGAGGCCUUCCUGCUCGGUGGGCUCCAGCCCCCACGGUAGUGUCCGUAGCCUGACCUCCCUGUUUGAAAAGGUGGGGAUCAAUGAAGCUGAUGGGGAGGGGGACGAGGCAGGGGGGAACAUUCCCGGGCGGGACGCCGUGUUGUCAAGGGUUUCGGCGUUUGAGCUGAUCAUCCAGCGCUCCAGCCCGACUCCCACACGCUCCUCCUCCAUGCCAACGCUACCCACUUGCCCCACCCUUAACCACAGCCCCGCCAACCUCUUCAUGGCGUCCGCCGUCUCGGCUGAGUUGCUGCUGGUCACUGACCCUGGGCACCCUGGGCAGACAAAGGGCUGCCCUCUGGAGGACACGGAGGGUAAGGCAGCCCAAGAUGAGGCCUCUCUGUCAGGCAGUGAGAUAGUGGAGGAGGUGGCAUCCUCGGAGUACAGUGACACCCUGCGAGCCGAGUCUCUCUCUGGGACUGAGGUAGAGACAGAGCAGCACGGCUCCACAGACAAAGCCCCAGUACCAAAAGAGAAACUCCCAGAGGUCACUUUCUCCAGAACCUCAAACAGUCCCCCAGCACCAGUCACUCCGUCUGCUCCCCCACACAACUACCACCUCCACAACCACCACCACCUUAAACCCAGCAGCAAGUGCAAAAGCUCCUGCCCAGCCUCCUACACCCGGUUCACCACCAUCCGCCGGCAUGAGAGGCAGCAGGAGGCCAUGGCCCAGCAGGACAAACUGUCCACCCAGGAGAAAAGAAAGAACUCCUCCUCUCUCCCCGUUAACCUCUUCCUCAUGGGCCCUGCACCAUUCAGGGUGAAGAGGUCUCUCCAGUCUCACCGGGCCAAAAAGACUUUCUCAGCCACUAAGGUGAUGGCAGGUCAACGGUCACAGACCCAUUCUAAUGAGCCCAGGCCCCUCAUCCCACAGCGUCUCUCUUCCUUGGAGGUGCUGGAGAGGCUUGGCAACGGGGAGGGUGGGCCGUCCGACAGUGACAACAACCUGACUAAUGGUGGAGGCUUGGACACCAAUGGGAAUCUUCUGCAGCCGCUGGCAGCUCAUCGCAGAGGUGGCUAUCUCCUCCCCAUACUUUCACCAGAGUGUCACCCUCCAGCCUCCCUUCUCCUACACACCCAUGCCGAUCUCUAUGGCCACUCAUUUUGUUUAUUCUCCAAACUUUUCUUCCUCACAUUGUCUCUGUAUUUUUCACAACGUGAAGCUACCACCUUCCAUCUUUUUAGUCUGUGUGGUGUGUGACAAAGUGAAAAUGCAGCCUCUCCAUUUCAGUUUUUGGUGUUUUGGUUUUGGUGGUUUUUCCAUUUCCAUUUUCUUGCCCGGUGAAAUUGUUUUCCCACCAACCCAUCACAAAACAUCUGAGUAACUUUGCAUGACACCUUAAUUUUGAUUAAAAUAUAUUGAACUUCAUGUAAAAUGCCAUGCAAUGUUGGUGUAGGCUAUUGUUAUGGCAUUGCAUACUAUAUACACCCUCAAGUAAUGUAUUACCAUGCAUUUUUUUAAAGGCUUUGUGGAUUUGGGUUUUGUCAGCUUUGAGGUAAACAAAUGUGCGUCCUCCAUUCAUCUGUCAUCCUCCAUUCUGUCAUUCUGAUAGGACUGCUAUUUCAAUUAGAGACUAUGUGCUUCCCUCUUGUUUCUUUAUAGCUGAUAUUGGCAUUUCCUGUAUAUAUUCCGUGUGAUAAAACACACAGAGGUUGGGAGUAAUAGGGGUUUAUUAUGGUGCUUGCUUGGAGGCAUGGUGAAAUGUCUAUUGCUAAUGGCUGGGUGGGAAGCAAGAUGAGUAAUGUAGUACAGUUAGUGACUGGGAUGAAGCAUUAAACAGUCAGUCAUGUCAGUGUGGAAAUUAUAUUACUCAUUGGUGAUGGGUGAUAUGCAUUUACAUUGUACAUCAACCAUAUCAUAGUCACAUUACUUUAUUUCAUCUGAAUGUUUUGUACAGUAUUUGUUUCCUCUAUAGCCGUCAACCUCUUUUUCUGCCUUUUUUCAUAAACAGCACCCUAAAGCUGAGUCAUAGUGUGUUACUGUGUUUAUUGUUUUGUGCAUGUGGGAAUAUACACUGAGUGGACAAAACAUUAAGACCACCUUCCUAAUAUUGGGUUGGUAACAAUCCCCCCCCUCCCCCUUUGCCUUCAGAACAGCCUCAAUUCGUCAGGGCAUGGACUCUACAAGGUGUCGAAAGCGUUCCACAGGGAUGCUGGCCAAUAUUGACUCCAAUGCUUCCCACAGUUGUGUUAAGUUGGCUGGAUGUCCUUUGGGUGGUGGACCAUUCUUAAUGUACACGGGAAACUGACCCAGCAGCGUUGCAGUUCUUGACACAAACCGAUGCGCCUGGCACCUACUACCAUACCCUGCUCAAAGGCCCCUUUUGUCUUCUCCAUUCACCCUCUGAAUGGCACACAUACACAAUCAAUGUUUCAAUUGUCUCAAGGCUUGAAAAUCCUUCUUUAACUCCUACACUUCAUCGACACUGAUUGAAGUGGAUUUAACAAGUGACAUCAAUAAGGGAUGAUAGCUUUCACCUGGAUUCACCUGGUCAGUCUAUGUCAUGGAAAGAGCAGGUAUUCUUAAUGUUUUUGUACACUCAGUGUAUGUUUUUUCAUUAUUUUUUUGGGGGGGGUGUGUAUUUUUCCUUUAUCAUACUGCAAAUGACACCUUUUCUUUGGAGCAUAACUAGUUCUAUAUGGUGCAGUGUUACAAAUUCCCUUGCUUUGUCAAAAUAUGCUUUAUACAUCUAUUGGAAUUGUGGUAUUGCAAUGCUGUUAGGGCUAUUUAAAAAAAUAUAUAUAGAUAUUAUAGAUAUUGAGAGCAGCAUUAUUGAUAAAUGCUGUUAUGUGAAAAUGUUGAAUCCCUUGUGAGAUUUUCAGGACAUAAUUCAUGUAUUUUUCGUAUUAGAUUCAGACUCGUCCCAGGCUUUGACCCAAGGAGACCUUGGUGACGGCCAGGAUGAGGUGGUCAGGAGACGCCAUGGAGACAAAGAGGUAAUGUUUCUUUAUAGUUUUUUAUCAUUUCUGCAAUGUUUUGUUUCUAGUCCUCUCUCAACAAAACCUGAUAGGGCUUCACUCUCUUUUUGAACAAGAAAUAUCACUAAAAACUUCUCAGUGUACACUAAAACUGUGAAAUAUUUUAACAAUAUGAAAAUGUCUGUGGUCCUCAGAACUAUUAAUGUGGCAUGCAAAAACAAGUGAAAUACAAAAAAAUUUACUAGCAGAUUAUGGAAUGUUUCCCUGACAGAAAGUCUUGGAAGAGCAGCGGCGGCUGAAGAGGGAACAGGAGGAGGCUGACACAGCAUCGAGGCGACACACGGGAAUCGUUCCCACCCACCACCAGUUCAUCACUAACGAACGCUUCGGAGACCUGCUCAACGUCAACAUCAAUGACGCAGACAAGAGAAAAUCCGGAUCAGAGGUACAGUACAGUACCAUCCCUCUCAUUGUGCAAAUUGACAGCUAUUUUGGUGGUGUGUGUGUGUGUGUGUGUGUGUGUGUGUGUGUGUGUGUGUGUGUGUGUGUGUGUGUGUGUGUGUGUGUGUGUGUGUGUGUGUGUGUGUGUGUGUGUGUGUGUGUGUGUGUGUGUGUGUGUGUGUGUGUGUGCGCGUUAAUGGCGCGUGGGACAGCUGUUUGUUCACCCGCACCCACCCGCAAAUGCUAAUAACCCAUCCGCAACCGUCCGACUACCCACAUAGGCUAGCACAACUUGUUAUCACAACACACUUUUGUUCCCUCCCCCGUUAUGUUUCGGUGAUUUACCAUUUCAACAUACCUGGCUACAAUACCAUACACUACUCUAUUUUCAGUGACCAGCUAAAUAGAUCUGCCAAACAUAUAUUAUCAUCAUGAUAAACCUGCUUUUUACUCUGUAUUCCCUGGCACACAUUUAGUACGUUUUAAUCGGUCUGCCUGCUCUUUGACUGUAGCCCACAGUAGCCCAGUAUUUACCACCGGACAGAAACACAGUCACAAGAGCUAUUUCAUUCAUGUCAUUUCUAGAAUAUUCUCAGUGGAUCAGGGACACUGAAAGGGCACAACUAACAACCAGAUGAGCUCAGAGAUUAAAUUAAGCACUCAAAAACAUUUAUGCAUUUUAACUAAUUACCAUUAUACGUAACCGGUACAAAUUAGUACUAUGGAUUAUAUUUGUUUAUGUUUUUAUUCGAUUUUGGAAGCAUAUAAUGACAAAGUUAGUGUUAAUUUGCAGUGCAUUAUAUGCUGUGGAAAAGAAAACACAUUUAUAUUGCAACUGACAUGUACAAGUGAUAUAUUUUUUUUUAUGUGCCUCUACUUGUAUGAAUCAACAAUGUCUUAUUACAGGGUAUAACUAUGAGGGUAUAAUUGACUGUGAACAUAAACCAGAAGAUAGUCUGCAACCUAGCAUGCAAGGCCAGCCUGAACUGAAUAACCAACGUUCCGUACAUGUCACAGGGCAUUGGAGUCCAGGCUCCUUUAUCCAUGCUUAUUUUCUAACAGUCCUUGCUUUGUUUGUUUACAGAGAACUCCAGCCCUGGCUCGGUUUGACUUCAGAGCGGAAACUCUAAAGUGGGUAAAACCCAUUGGCACACAUACCAUGAGUGAUUUCAAGAGCAUGCACAAAAUACUUUAAUCUGCAGUGAAAUAUAAACCCUGGUGUGUUGUAAUCAUCAUGUGACUGUAACAUGGAGGCCUAUGUACCAUUUGUGUGACUGAUGGUGGUUUAGAUGAAACUCCACUCUCACAUAGCAAUUUAUACAUGGGGAGACGUCAUUCUGAGUCUUUGAGUGAAAUAUUGAACGUGGUUGAUAUGUGGUCAUAUUUCUGCCAUACUUUGUCAUAUUGCUCAUAUGCCUUUGACGUUAUGCAUUUUGACAUGAGUGCAUAUUGUUGAAUCCAAUAGCUAACCUAUGUUUGUUGUUGUACUUUUUUUCAGGGAGUUACCAUUUCAAAAGGGAGACAUUGUGUACAUCAUUCGACAGGUGGAUAAUAAUUGGUUCGAAGGGGAACAUCACGGCAGAGUCGGCAUCUUCCCACGGAGUUAUGUUGAGGUACAACCACUUCCUGUAUUUUGACUCCAAAUGAACUCUGACCUUUUCUUACUAGAUGGAACUCACUACAGUACGGUACAGACCAGUGUUGUAAAGUACUUAAGUAAAAAUACUUGCUUUUUGGGGGUAUCUGUACUUUACUUUACUAUUUAUAUUUCUGACAACUUUUACUUUUACUCCACUACAUUCCUAAAGAAAAUAAUGUACUUUUUACUCCAUACAUUUCCCUGACACCCAAAAGUAUUCGUUACAUUUUUUAUGCUUAGCAGGACAAGAAAAUUGUAAAAUUCACGCACUUACAGUGGCUUGCGAAAGUAUUCACCCCACCUUGGAAUUUUUCCUAUUUUGUUGCCUUACAACCUGGAAUUAAAAUGGAUUUUUUGGGGGUUUGUAUAAUUUGAUUUACACAACAUGCCUACCACUUUGAAGAUGCAAAAUAUUUUUUAUUGUGAAACAAACAAGAAAUAAGACAAAAAAAGCAUGAGCAUGCAUAACUAUUCACCCCCCCCCCCCCACCCCCCAAAGUCAAUACUUUGUAGAGCCACCUUUUGCAGCAAUUACAGCUGCAAGUGUCUUGGGGUAUGUCUCUAUACGCUUGGCACAUCUAGCCACUGGGAUUUUUGCCCAUUCUUCAAGGCAAAACAGCUCCAGCUCCUUCAAGUUGGAUGGGUUCUGCUGGUGUACAGCAAUCUUUAAGUCAUACCACAGAUUCUUAAUUGGAUUGAGGUCUGGGCUUUGACGUCCAAGACAUUUAAAUGUUUCCCCUUAAACCACUCAAGUGUUGCUUUAGCAUUAUGCUUAGGGUCAUUGUCCUGCUGGAAGGUGAACCUCCGUCCCAGUCUCAAAUCUCUGGAAGACUGAAACAGGUUUCCCUCAAGAAUUUCCCUGUAUUUAGCGCCAUCCAUCAUUCCUUCAAUUCUGACCAGUUUCCCAGUCCCUGCCGAUGAAAAACAUCCCCACAGCAUGAUGCUGCCACCACCAUGCUUCACUGUGGGGAUGGUGUUCUUGGGGUGAUGAGAGGUGUUGGGUUUGCGCCAGACAUAGCGUUUUCCUUGAUGGCCAAAAAGCUCAAUUUUAGUCUCAUCUGACCAGAGCACCUUCAAAUCAAAUCAAAUCAAAUUUGAUUUGACACAUGUGCCGAAUACAACAGGUGUAGACAUUAGAGUGAAAUGCUUACUUACAAGCCCUUAACCAAAAAAAUUAAAAUAGCAAAUAAUUAAAGAGCAGCAGUAAGGUUAUAUAGAGGGUUAUAUACAGGGGGUACCGGUACAGAGUCAAUGUGCGGGGGCACCUGUUAGUCGAGGUAAUUGAGGUAGUAUGUACAUGUGGGUAGAGUUAAAGUGACUAUGCAUAAAUAAUAAACAGAGUAGCAGCAGCCUAAAAGAGGGGGUUGGGGUGGGGUGGGGUGGGGGGGCAAUGCAAAUAGUCCGGGUAGCCAUGAUUAGCUGAGUCUUAUGGCUUGGGGGUAGAAGCUGUUAAGAAGCCUUUUGGACCUAGAGUUGGCGCUCCGUUACCACUUGCCGUGCGGUAGCAGAGAGAACAGUCUAUAACUAGGGUGGCUGGAGUCUUUGAUCAUUUUUAGGGCCUUCCUCUGACACCGUCUGGUAUAGAGGUCCUGGAUGGCAGGAAGCUUGGCCCCAGUGAUGUACUGGGCCGUACGCACUACCCUCUGUAGUGCAUUGCGGUCGGAGGCCGAGCAGUUGCCAUACCAGGCGGUGAUGCAACCAGUCAGGAUGGUGCAGCUGUAUAACUUUUUGAGGAUCUGAGGACCCAUGCCAAAUCUUUUUAGUCUUCUGAGGGGGAAUAGGCUUUGUCAUGCCCUCUUCACGACUGUCUUGGUGUGUUUGGACCAUGAUAGUUUGUUGGUGAUGUGGACACCAAGGAACUUGAAGCUCUCAACCUGUUCCAUUACAGCCCGUAGAUGAGAAUGGGGGCGUGCUCAGUCCUCUUUUUUUUCCCGUAGUCGACGAUAAUCUCCUUUGUCUUCAUCACGUUGAGGAAGAGGUAAUUAUCCUGCCACCACACGGCCAGGUCUCUGACCUCCUCCCUAUAGGCUCUCUCAUCAUUGUCGGUGAUCAGGCCUACCACUGUUGUGUUGUCGGGAAACUUAAUGAUGGUGUUGGAGUCGUGCCUGGCCAUGCAGUCAUGGGUGAACAGGGAGGACAGGAAGGGACUGAGCACGCACCCCUGAGGGGCCCCUGGGUUUAGGAUCAGCGUGGCAGAUGUGUUGUUACCUACCCUUACCACCAGGGGGCGGCCUGUCAGGAAUUCCAGGAUCCAGUUGCAGAGGGAGGUGUUUAGUCCCAGGGUCCUUAGCUUAGUGAUGAGCUUUGAGGGCACUAUGGUGUUGAACGCUGAGCUUAGUCAAUGAAUAGCAUUCUCACAUAGGUGUUCCUCUUGUCAAGGUGGGAAAGGGCAGUGUGGAGUGCAAUAGAGAUUGCAUCAUCUGUGGAUAUGUUGGGGCGGUAUGCAAAUUGGAGUGGGUCUAGGGUUUCUGGGAUAAUGGUGUUGAUGUGAGCCAUGACCAGCCUUUCAAAGCACUUCAUGGCAGGUUAUCUUAGUGUUCUUGGGAACAGGGAACAGCUUGAUCACAUAGUCAUCCGGAACAGCUGAUGCUCUCAUGCAUGCUUCAGUGUUGCUUGCCUCGAAGCGAGCAUAGAAGUGAUUUAGCUCAUCUGGCAGGCUUGUGUCACUGGGCAGCUUGCGGCUGUGCUUCCCUUUGUAGUCUGUAAUCGUUUUCAAGCCCUGCCACAUCCGACGAGCAUCAGAGCCGGUGUAGUGCAAUUCAAUCUUAGUCCUGUAUUGACUCUUUGCCUGUUUAAUGGUUCGUCGGAGGGCAUAGCGGGAUUUCUUAUAAACAUUGUACAUUUGAGUCAUUUAGCAGAUGCUAUUAUCCAGAGCGACUUACAGUUAGUGAGUGCAUACAUUUUUCAUACUGGGUCCGGGUUAGAGUCCCGCUCCUUGAAAGCGGCAGCUCUACCCUUUAGCUCAGUGCGGAUGUUGCCUGUAAUCCAUGGUUUCUGGUUGGGGUAUGUACGUACGGUCACUGUGGGACGACGUCAUCGAUGCACUUAUUGAUGAAGCCAGUGACUGAUGUGGUGUACUCCUCAAUGCUAUCUGAAGAAUCCCGGAACAUAUUCCAGUCUGUGCUAGCAAAACAGUCCUGUAGCUUAGCAUCUGCGUCAUCUGACCACUUCCUUAUUAACCUAGUCACUGGUGCUUCCUGCUUUAGUUUUUGCUUAUAAGCAGGAAUCAGGAGGAUAGAUUUAUGGUCAGAUUUGCCAAAUGGAGGGUGAGGGAGAGCUUUGUAUGCAUUUCUGUGUGUGGAGUCAGCUGUAUGUUAUCCAUGUCGUCGUUCAGCCACAACUCGGUGAAACAUAAGAUAUUACAGUUUUUAAUGUUCCGUUGGUAGGAUAACCGUAAUCUUAGGUCGUCUAAUUUAUUUUCAAAUGAUUGAACAUUGGCUAAUAGGAUUGUUGGAAGAGGCAGUUUACUUGCUCGCCGUCGGAUCCUUACAAGGCACCCCGACCUACGUCCACGAUAUCUCUGUCUCUUUCUCAUGUGAAUGACAGGGAUUUGGGCCUUGUCGUGUUUCUGUAGGAUAUCCUUCGCGUCCGACUUGUUGAAGAAAAAAUGUUUAUCCAAUAUGAGGUGAGUAAUCGCUGUCCUGAUAUCCAGAAGCUCUUUUUGGUCGUAAGAGACGGUGGCAGAAACAUUAUGUACAGAAUAAAUUAUAAAUAACGCGAAAAAACACACAUAAUAGUACAAUUGGUUAGAGGGCUGUUAAACGGCAGCCAUCUUCUUCGGCGCCAUUCUUCCAUAUGUUUGGGGAGUCUCCCACAUGCCUUUUGGCGAACACCAAACGUGUUUGCUUAUUUUUUUUUUAAGCAAUGGCUUUUUUCUGGCCUCUCUUCCGUAAAGCCCAGCUCUGUGGAGUGUACGGCUUAAAGUGGUCCUAUGGACAGAUACUCCAAUCUCCGCUGUGGAGCUUUGCAGCUCCUUCAGGGUUAUCUUUGGUCUCUUUGUUGCCUCUCUGAUUAAUGCACUCCUUGCCUGGUCCGUGAGUUUUGGUGGGCGGCCCUCUCUUGGCAGGUUUGUUGUGGUGCCAUAUUCUUUCCAUUUUUUAAUAAUGGAUUUAAUGGUGCUCCGUGGGAUGUUCAAAGUUUUGGAUAUUUUUUUAUAACCCAACCCUGAUCAGUACUUCUCCACAACUUUUGUCCCUGACCUGUUUGGAGCGCUCCUUGGUCUUCAUGGUGCCGCUUGCUUGGUGGAGCCCCUUGCUUAGUGGUGUUGCAGACUCUGGGGCCUUUCAGAACAGGUGUAUAUAUACUGAGAUCAUGUGACAGAUCAUGUGACACUUAGAUUGCACACAGGUGGACUUUAUUUAACUAAAUAUGUGACUUCUGAAGGUAAUUGGUUGCACCAGAUCUUAUUUAGGGGAUUCAUAGCAAAGGGGGUGAAUACAUAUGCACGCACCACUUUUCCGUUAUUUAUUUUUUAGAAUGUUUUGAAACAAGUAAUUUUUUUCAUUUCACUUCACCAAUUUGGACUAUUUUGUGUAUGUCUAUUACAUGAAAUCCAAAUAAAAAUCCAUUUAAAUUACAGGUGGUAAUGCAACAAAAUAGGAAAAACGCCAAGGGAGAUUAAUACUUUUGCAAGGCACUGUAUCAAGAGAACAUCCCUGGUCAUCCCUACUGCCUCUUAUCUGGCGGACUCACUAAACACAUUUGUAUAUUAUGUCUGAGUGUUGGAGUUUGCUCCUGGCUAUCCGUAAAUUUAAAAAAAAAACAAGAAAAUCGUGCCGUCUGGUUUGCUUAAUAUAAGGAAUUUGAAAUUAUGUACAGUGAAGGAAAAAAGUAUUUGAUCCCCUGCUGAUUUUGUACGUUGGCCCACUGACAAAUAAAUCAUUUUAAUGGUAGGUUUAUUUGAACAGUGAGAGACAGAAUAACAACAAAAAAAUCCACACAAAAAAAGUCUAAAAUGUUAUAAAUUGAUUUGCAUUUUAAUGAGGGAAAUUAGUAUUUGACUCCUCUGCAAAACAUGACUUAGUACUUGGUGGCAAAACCCUUGUUGGCAAUCACAGAGGUCAGAUGUUUCUUGUAGUUGGCCACCAGGUUUGCACACAUCUCAGGAUGGAUUUUGUCCCACUCCUCUUUGCAGAUCUUCUCCAAGUCAUUAAGGUUCCGAGGCUGACGUUUGGCAACUCGAACCUUCAGCUCCCUCCACAGAUUUUCUAUGGGAUUAAGGUCUGGAGACUGGCUAGGCCACUCCAGGACCUUAAUGUGCUUCUUCUUGAGCCACUCCUUUGUUGCCUUGGCUGUGUGUUUUGGGUCAUUGUCAUGCUGGAAUACCCAUCCACGACCCAUUUUCAAUGCCCUGGCUGAGGGAAGGUUCUCACCCUAUAUUUGACGGUACAUGGCCCCGUCCAUUGUCCCUUUGAUGCGGUGAAGUUGUCCUGUCCCCUUAGCAGAAAAACACCCCCAAAGCAUAAUGUUUCCACCUUCAUGUUUGACGGUGGGGAUGGUGUUCUUGGGGUCAUAGGCAGCAUUCCUCCUCCUCCAAACACGGCGAGUUGAGUUGAUGCCAAAGAGCUCCAUUUUGGUCUCAUCUGACCACAACACUUUCACCCAGUUCUCCUCUGAAUCAUUCAGAUGUUCAUUGGCAAACUUCAGACGGGCCUGUAUAUGUGCUUUAUUGAGCAGGGGGACCUUGCAGGCGCUGCAGGAUUUCAGUUCUUCACGGCGUAGUGUGUUACCAAUUGGUUUCUUGGUGACUAUGGUCCCAGCUGCCUUGAGAUCAUUGACAAGAUCCUCCCGUGUAGUUCUGGGCUGAUUCCUCACCGUUCUCAUGAUCAUUGCAACUCCACGAGGUGAGAUCUUGCAUGGAGCCCCAGGCCGAGGGAAAUUGACAGUUCUUUUGUGUUUCUUCCAUUUGCGAAUAAUCGCACCAACUGUUGUCACCUUCUCACCAAGCUGCUUGGCGAUGGUCUUGUAGCCCAUUCCAGCCUUGUGUAGGUCUACAAACUUGUCCCUGACAUCCUUGGAAAAGCUCUUUGGUCUUGGCCAUGGUGGAGAGUUUGGAAUCUGAUUGAUUGAUUGCUUCUGUGGACAGGUGUCUUUUAUACAGGUAACAAACUGAGAUUAGGAGCACUCCCUUUAAGUGUGCUCCUAAUCUCAGCUCGUUACCUGUAUUAAAGACACCUGGGAGCCAGAAAUCUUUCUGAUUGAGAGGGGGUCAAAUACUUAUUUCCCUCAUUAAAAUGCAAAUCAAUUUAUAACAUUUUUGACAUGCGUUUUUCUGGAUUUUUUUGUUGUUAUUCUGUCUCUCACUGUUCAAAUAAACCUACCAUUAAAAUUAUAGACUGAUAAUUUCUUUGUCAGUGGGCAAACGAACAAAAUCAGCAGGGGAUCAAAUACUUUUUUCCCUCACUGUAUACUUUUACUUUUACUUUCGAUACUUAAGUAUGUUUUAGCAAUUAUGUUUACUUUUGAUACUUAAGACUUUUACUCAAGUAGUAUUUUACUGUGUGACUUUUUUACUGACACCAGUCAGUUCAUCAGGGUUAUGACACCAGUCAGUUAAUCAGCGUUAUGACACCAGUCAGUUCAGAAGUUCAACCAUGUAUGAGUCCCAGUAAUGAUAUUCACUGGGGUCGUGUUCAGUAAGAAGAAACUGUUCUGAAACAGAGUGAAACAGGGAGAUGCUACCUGAACAUGUCCAUUAAAAACACAAAUAUUUGUUUCAUGUCACAAAACGUUUUACUACAGUGUGCCCUCUUGAAUGUGACACUGGUACCUUUCAUUGACUUUAACUGAUACCUUCCUAAACUUGACACUUGUUCCUAGCAUUGACAUUGACUGAUGUAUUUUGGGCUUUAUGUUUUCCCUAGCUCCUUCCCCCCACGGAGAAAGCCCAGCCAAAGAAGAGUGCCCCAGUGCAGGUGCUGGAGUAUGGAGAGGCCAUAGCACGCUUCAACUUCACAGGGGACACAGUGGUGGAGAUGUCAUUUAGAAAGGUAAAAAGAAGAACAGGGUUUUAAGGAUAUUGAGUUUAGGAGCAGUUGUAACAUUUGUUCCUCUUUUUGCGUAAUACAAAUGGAAAUCGCAAAGUAUUACAUCAUAGUUACAUCAUAGUGUUAUGAUACAGGAAAUACAGUAUGUUUAACUGAAAUGUUGUGUGUGCCGGUGUUUAGUUUGUGCUUGGUGUUAUGUUAUUCUAUGCUAUGCGUCUAAAUGUGCGAUCAUAUGAGCUAACGUGAUACCAAUGUGUCUACAGGGAGAGAGGAUCACCCUAAUUCGCAGGGUCGAUGAGAACUGGUAUGAGGGCAAGGUCUCCGGCACCAAUCGCCAGGGUAUCUUCCCCGUCACCUACAUAGAGGUGCACAAACGACCCAGAGUCAAGAAUGGAUUGGAUUAUCCAGACCCACCCAUUGGCCAAUCACCUCACCGCAGCCUCAAUGCUUCCCCUCAGGUAAUGACAAACUCCUCACACAAACUCCUCACACACACUCUCUCUUGUAGAGCUCAGUCUGUCCAGGAAUACAACAAUCCCAUACUCUCCAAGUUUGUCUCUGUUUUUCUAGUUGACUUUGGUGUUGUGCUAUUCCAUUUUUUUUUAACUUUAUUAUUUGUGUUCAUUCAUACUCAUGUCUAAUGUUCCAUUUCUGUCCCUCGUCCUCCCCUCUCUCUCUCGCUGGAUGGUCAUUUUGGUCUAUAAGCUGAACCGUGUCCGUAACAACCGGCUCAUCACGUCCCCCCUGCCCCUCCCCCGUUCCCCCCGCCGCUCUGUGUCCCCCGAGGUCCAUGCCAUCUCCUCUGAGUGGAUCUCCCUGACCAUAGGGGGUGCCGGCCCCCCCGCUGCCCCAACCCCUCCUCUACCCCCACUCCCUUCCGUGUCUUACUGCUGGGGCGAGUACCUGCCCCCUUCCAUGUCCGCCAGCCCCGUGCCCCCCAUCUGCGGCAGCCCCUACUGCAUCUCCCCAAUGGCCUCCCCUUCCGCCUCCCCCCUGCCCCCGCUCUACCCGCCCCGCCCUGGCUCAGCCACCCCUUACCUCACCUUCACCCCGCCCCAGGGGGAGGACUUCCUGCUCUCCCCUCCCUCUCCUCGUCUGUCCCGCAGCCUGAGCCCCUGUGGGGGGGUGGGCCUGGAGAGCUGGCUGACUGGGGCCAGCCCCUUGCGCAUCCUGGAGAGGGAUUUGAUGGAGGGGGAGGGGGCAGAGAGAGACAGGAGCACUGGACGCGAAGCCCUGGGCAGCUGGCGAAAUUGGCCUGCAGAGGUAUCUGGCCUACUGCAUGGUGUGCGGUGUUGCAUCUCGGGCUCACUGUGGCUGGAACUGGAGUUCUUACCUCCAUGAACCACAAUAAUAGGAUGUUUCCGUUGUUGCUGCCUCUAGAUAGAUAAUUGUGCAAUAGAUAGUGAAUGAUGACUAACUGUGAUGUUGACCUAAAGUUGACCCUCCUCCAAUGCAGUCAGCAGAGCUUACACAACUCCUGUGUCAUAUUUUGGUCUGCAUGUUUUUUUUUGUGUGCACUACUCACAUGUACAUGUUUGAGUGGUAAAUUAAGUUUUCAAAUGAAAAUGUAUCUCCUCAGGUGUUUGGAAUGAAAACCAUGUGACUGUGCAUGAUUUGUAUUUUUAAAAUGUGUUGAAUGAUUCAGAGAGUGGUUGCAGAUUCUUGACCCCCACCAAUAUAGCGUCAUCCCACUGGGCACAGACAUCAAUUCAACGUCUAUUCCACGUUCAUUGAAAUGACGUGGAAACUACAUUGAUUCAACCAGUGUGUACCCAGUGGGAUGUUGUAAAAUAUUGUCAUAGAGGAGCCAAUUUGAUUACUAUUUGAGGAUCAAGAUUGUUUUGGGAACAAUCUGAAAUAAGUUUAUGAAUGUUUUUAUAGAACAUAUAAAUGUUGUGAUUGUUUUUUGUAAUAGAAAAUUACUUUUGUUCGAGAGAUACACUACAUGACCAAAAGUAUGUGGACACCUCAUUGAACAUCUCAUUCCAAAAUCAUGGGCAUUACUAUGGAGUUGGUCCCCCCUUUGCUGCUAUAACAGCCUCCACUCUUCUGGGAAGGCUUUCCACUAGAUGUUGGAACAUUGCUGCGGGGACUUGCUUCCAUUCAGCCACAAGAGCAUUAGUGAGGUCGGGCACUGAUGUUGGGCGAUUAGGCCUGGCUCGCAGUCAGCAUUCCAAUUCAUCCCAAAGGUGUUCGAUGGGGUUGAGGUCAGGGCUCUGUGCUGGCCAGUCAAGUUCUUCCACACCGAUCUCGACAAACCAUUUCUGUAUGGACCUCGCUUUGUGCAUUGUCAUAUUGAAACAGGAAAGGGCCUUCCCCAAACUGUUGGCACAAAGUUGGAAGCACAGAAUCAUCUAGAAUGUCAUUGUAUGCUGUAGCAUUAAGAUUUCCCUUGACUGGAACUAAGGGGCCUAGCCCAAACCAUGAAAAACAGCCCCAGACCAUUAUUCCUCCAACACCAAACUUUACAGUUGGCACUAUGCAUUCGGGCAGGUAGCGUUCUCCUGGCAUCCGCCAAACCCUGAUUUGUCCGUCGGACUGCCAGAUGGUGAAGCAUGUUUCAGCACUCCAAAGAAUGCUUUUCCAUUGCUCCAGAGUCCAAUGGCGGCGAGCUUUACACCACUCCAGCUGACGCUUGGCAUUGCACCUGGUGAUCUUAGGAAUGUGUGCAGCUGCUCAGCGAUGGAAACCCAUUUCAUGAAGAGCCUGAUGAACAGUUAUUGUGCUGACGUUGCUUCCAGAGGCAGUUUGGAACUCAGUAGUGAGUGCUGCAACCGAGGACAGUCAAUUUUUACCCUCUACGCGCUUCAGCACUCGACGGUCCCGUUCUGUGAGUUUGUGUGGCCUACCACUUCGCGCCUGAGCCAUUGUUGCUCCUAGACGUUUCCACUUCACAAUAACAGCACUUACAGUUGACCGGGGCAGCUCUAGCAGGGCAGAAAUUUGACGAACUGACUUGUUGGAAAGGUGGCAUCCUAUGACGGUGCCACAUUGAAAGUCACUGAGCUCUUCAGUAAGGCAAUUAUACUGUGAAUGUUAAGCUAUGGAGAUUGCAUGGCUAUGUGUUCGAUUUUAUACACCUGUCAGCAACAGGUGUGGCUGAAAUAGCCGAAUCCACUAAUUUGAAGGGGUGUCCACAUACUUUUGUAUACAUAGUGUAUGUCUAACCAAGAGUGUGAAUUGACUUCCACUGCAAUUGUGUUUACAGCACACACUGUUGAAAAUGAAUUGCAUCCUGUAGACAUGAACUCCGAUUUGCGAUCCUACUGAGUGUAAUGUGUGUGUUGUUCCUCUUACAGCUGGUGAAGAAUGAGAGUGUCUACCAUGGAAGAACCUCCGGAAGCCCUAUCAUGUUGUUUGACAUCCAGGACAACAACAUGAAUGCUAACUCAUUUGCGGUAAGGUGCUGAUUUGCAUGUUGUGGGCGACGAUACUAUUAGAAAAUGUAUGUGUUUGUUGUUUCUGGAUUAGAAAUAUGUGGUGGGGAUUCAUUUUUCCUGAUCUAUGAUGAUCGCUUCGUUUAACUCAUCAAUGUCAAAAUAUGAAUUGAACUUAACAUCAUCACUUAACUAAUCAUUUAUCCUAAACCUCAUCACUCAGCUUCCGUCAAUAAGAUUGUCAAUAAGAUUAAUAUGACAGCAUUCUUGCAUGACCUUGCUGCCAUCUUUUCCUCUCCAUUGAUUGUGCAUGUCUUCUUUUGAAUAGUAUCAGAUGUUCACUAAUAUUUCAUUGUGACUGUGUACAUUCUACAUGCCACUCACUCUAGUGUUUUGCUCUUCCAUGCGUACCCCUUUGCCGGACUCCACCACCAUCUCUUCUGGUGUUUCACGGCUUUCCUGGUUUUUCCUGGUUUCUAACGGACCCCUCCCUUUCUGCCUUGCUACUCACCGGACCUCCUACCUUCCUUCUUCCUUUACGUCCUCUAAAUCCCUGCCCCGCCCCUCUCCCCAACUCCUUAAUCUCUCCUCUCCUUCUGGGCUGACUGGGAAUUCUGUGGAAAUUCUGGGAAUGCUCCCUCUGACCUCUGACCUGACCACCGUCACUAGGAGGCGGUUUGUAAUGAGAUCAUGAAUAUAGCUGAGACCUCAGUGAGGUACUGCAGCACCCUCUCCCCCCACCCCCAUGACUCUGUCCUUCACAGACUCCUGCCCCACCUUCACCCCAGUAAACAAUCUCUCAUCAUUUCCCAGCAACCCCAGUCCCACAGCAGCAGCCCGGAGCCGAGUCGUCUCAGCUGUGGAAUGUGAGUAUGGCCGUCUGACGUCUGUCCCUACGUCUAGUCUGAGCUCUAGAUACACUGUUAUACUGUUAUACUGUUAUACUCUGUCUAAAGGAUUCAGAGCCCCAGUUCAAGAGUCAUGUUCAUUAGGGCACGCAACAGAAAAAGGUUUUGAAAGCUUUGCAACGGAAAACGAAAAUGAGCGUUUUAUUAUUGGAUAAGUCCCAGUAGUCCCUCCCUGUUUCAGUUGGUUUCAAUCCGUUUGGUGCCUAAUGAACACGGCCCUGGUCUGGUAAAUACAUCUCUUAUAUCGUUUUUGAUAUUAUGUCUCUCAAGUCCUUUUAUGGUUGUAUUUCUGACUUAUGUAGUGUUAUCCUACAGUUUCCAGGCUUUGUACAGUUACGUGCCACAGAAUGAGGAUGAGCUAGAGCUGCAGGAGGGAGAUCUUGUCAGCGUAAUGGAGAAGUGCGAUGACGGCUGGUUUGUUGGUAUGUGCCUGGGGCCUCAGGAUAGAUUGCCCGAAGAUAUAGUCAUAAUCACUGUGUCACAGUAUGUCACAUCCAUCCAUAGCAGAGGGUUAAACUUCCAUGUCGGUAGUUUCUCAGAAAUUCUCACAGAGGUUCAAACACAUAGAGUUCAAAACGUACAUUUGUUCUGCCUGAGUAGGCACAUUUGAUUGCAAAGAAUAACAAAUAUUGUUGUUGUUGUUUUUCAUUCUCAGGUACCUCGAAGAGGACCAAACAGUUUGGCACGUUUCCAGGAAAUUACGUGAAAGAGGUCAACUUGUAACCUGUCAACAAACAUUUAUAGUGUGAGGAGAACCCAGCUCUAACCCUUGGUUACAAUUCGAGUUUUGGGAAAGCAUUACUAUUGCGCUUGAUUGUUUAAAUUAGGAUAGUCAUUCAGCCAGGUGAAUACGUUUGUCUGGGGUAAGUGAUCUGUUUGGUGUGAGGUAUGUUAAUGUUCAUGAGGCGAAGACAGAAGGAAGCUAGCUGUUGACUCACUGCCCAAACGUCAGUGUUGUGUAUACGUACUCCAACCACAUCCUACACAGUACAUGGCUGAAUUUAUCAUAUCAUAUUCUGACAAUGGAACUUUUAGUUUGAAAACAUCCUCCCAAAAUGUCAGCACAUACAGACUACGGUAUACACUGAGUGUACAAAACA